UUCCUCCCAACGUGUCGUUUUAGACUCCACAGUUUCCUGCUUGAGUCGGCAUCCAGUCUCCAUUCUCCGAUCAUCUCCGCCUCUGUGAGUUCUCACCACAACCACAGCAUCAAUUCGCCAUGUUCCCUUCUCUUCCUUCCUCUUCCCCGCUCUUCCUGCUAUGCCCUCUGCUCUUCUUCUUCCUCCUCAACCACUCCCCUCUAGCCUCCGCCGGCCACCUCCACCAAAUCUGCGGCAAGACCGGCAAAUACACCACCAACAGCACCUACGCUUCCAACCUCAACCUCCUCCUCACCUCCCUCGACUCCAAAACUUCCCUCUCCGGCGGCUUCUCCAAAGCCACCGUCGGACAGAUCCCCAACCGAAUCUACGGCCUCGCCCUCUGCCGCGGCGACACCGAUGCCUCCGUCUGCCGCUCCUGCCUCGACACCGCCAUCGAGGACGCCCCCAAUCUCUGCCCCUACUCCAGAGGCGCCAUCAUCUGCCGGUUCGACAAGCUUGUCAACGUGCUCAUGGGCAGGAUAGCCGAUUGGGCUGCCUACAACUCGACCGAGAUGUUCGCGACCGGGGAGAUGAUGAACUCCACCAACCCUCCUUUUCCGACGAUAUAUGGGCUGGCGCAGUGCACUCGGGAUCUGUCGAGGAGCCAGUGCCGGCGGUGCCUCAGCAGCAUGCUUAACCCGAUAAACCCCCUGUUUAAGGGGAGACAGGGAGCGAGGGUGCUUGGAGGGAGCUGCAAUUAUAGGUACGAGAUAUACUCCUUCUAUGAAGGGAAACCGACGCUAAGGCUUCAGUCGCCGCUAGAGGCCGCACCAACACUUGUUACUCCGCCCGGAGAAGAAGGUAGGGGGGAGAUUGUUAUUCUCAGCCUAGAGUUCAGUUUAUGACCUACCCAUCCGUUCUUGGUUUCAGAACUAUGACUUCAUCUGCAAAUAGAUAAUAUUUCAUGUUUUCUUAUAUAUUUAUUAUCCUAUCAAUUUGAGUCGUAAAUGCAUGCUUCUACGUAAUUUUAUUGAUGUGAUUAACUUUGCCCUUGCCUGUUUUCUAUCGUUUGCAAAGAUAUAAAUUUGGAAUUCUGUUUUCCAGCAAAAUAAAGUUAGAACAUGUUUUGUUAUUUAUUGAGAUGUUUAGAUCCAACAUGUGUUUCAGC